AUGAAACGGAUCAUUGCUGCUACUCCGACCGUAACCGCCGCACCGGACAUGCUCAAGCUGUUACAGCUCUGGUACGAUCACUGUCUUUCUGCUCUUGCCGGUUUGAGCCUUUCGGCCCAGCUACCCAAGUCUGACCAAGGACUGACUGAUCUCUCAGCCGCUCUGGGCAUGAUGCUGCUUCUGGAGUCAGAGCAGGAUGGCCUUGAGACACUUGCUUCACCUCCCAUGAAGAAACUGGCAGCAUCCUGUUUGGCAGCCCAUCUGCCCCCAGCGCAAAACUCCACGGCUCUAAACAGGGAGUUGUUGCCCUUAUGCGUUCUCCCCUCCACCACCAAAGCGGAAAAGGUCAUUUUCGAACGAUGA